CGGUUCCCGGCCGGUACUUACACGCCGCUGCACAGUGCGUCUUUAAUAACGUUCCGCUUUCAACUAUUAGCAACUAGCAUAACUACUUCAAUAUAUCUGACCAUUUAUUUUAUAAAUAAGCUAAAUGAAAACAGCGCAGGUGAAACGCACUUACUCUAAAAUCCCGGUGUGGAUUGUAGAAGAUCAUCAUGAGGUUGUGCAACACAUCUACCGUGCCAUCGGCUCUCGGCACAUCCCCAUGACGGAGGUGAAGAUGGUUCACUUUGACUCGCACCCUGACCUGCUCAUCCCUGUCAGCAUGUCUGCUCACACCGUAUUUGAUAAAGAGGCUCUGUUCAGUGAGCUAAGCAUUGAGAACUGGAUUAUGCCGAUGGUGUAUGCUGGACACGUGUCCUAUGUUGCCUGGCUCCAUCCUUACUGGGCUCAGCAGAUCCGAGAGGGCGAGCAUGAGAUGUGUGUGGGAAGGGACGCAUCCACAAACACCAUCAGAGUCUCCAGCACGGAUGACUACUUCCUGAGCGACGCUCUUUACGUUCCAGCCGAGCAGCUCCAAGACGGGAAGCCCUUCCACCUGAGCGUCAUCCGUGUGGAUCCCGUGCAGGCGUCAGAGAGGAACCAGGAUAAAAAUGAGCAGGACACUGCCAAGAAAUCCAAACUGGACCCUCAGCCUGGCUGCAGCAGGUCGUGUGCUGGCAUGUCACAGCCAGCAGAUGGCAGCAGCAGUCCAUCAGAGAUGCCAAGUGUGUUGAAAGCCACCGCUUCAGCUAUGAACAGCCUACUGAGUGUGCUCAAGCAAGACGAGUCCUACAUCCUCGAUAUCGACCUAGAUUUCUUCUCCUGUAAGAACCCCUUCAAGGAAAUGUACACACAGGAAGAGUACUCCAUUCUGCAGGAGCUGUACAGUUUCGAGAGGCCACAAGUGGAUGCGGACGAGGAGACGCUGUGCGAGUGUGUGGAGAGAAGAACACGCCAGCUCGAGGAUCUGGAGGUCGCCUUCGCUGAGCUGCUGGAGGAUGAUGGCGAGCUCACCGUGGAGCGCUUAGCAGAUAAGCCUGGAAUGAAAUCUCUGGUUAAACUCGUCUGCAGCCUGAAGAGUCGUAACGAAUCUCCAGACUAUGAAAUGGUCCACCAGACCGGUCUGACCUGUGAUUACUCUGAGCUUCCUCACCACGUCAGCAGUGAUGCAGAGAUCCAGCAGCUGAUGCUCGCUGUGCGCUUCGUCCUGCAGCCGUUACCCAAACCCACCCUCGUCACCAUGUCCAGGUCGAGUUUAGAUGAAUAUUGUCCUCCUGAUCAGGUCGACUCCAUCCAGAGCAGCGUGCUGAACAUUCUAGAAGAUCUUUUUGGUUCUUUAGAAGUCCAUAAGGAUUACGAAGAAGCUUCUGGAGAAAACAAACUGCAGUCCUGAUGAUGAUCAGCUUUAGUGCACUUCUGGGAUUCAUCAACCAGUAUGAGCAGUGUGUGUGUGUGUGUGUGUGUGUGUGUGUGUGUGUGUGUGUGUGUGUGUGUGUGUGUGUGUGUGUGUGUGUGUGUGUGUGUGUGUGUGUGUGUGUGAGAGUGUGUGAGUGAG